AUGGCUGACACCGCCGCCGCCCCUGCCGCCGCCUCUGCCACCAACGGCAACGGCAACACCAACGGCACUACCGAAAAGAAUCUCCAUCGUCCAGCAGGCAGCCCUGACGCCGUGGAAAUUGCCAAGCUCGCCGGCGGCAAGCCCGAUCCCAACGCCAACCAAGCUGAACUCGACAAGCUCGCCAAGCAGAUUGACGCUACCCAGAAGGAACUCAACCAGGUUCGAUCCCUUCUCUCGGGCGCUGGCCCCUCGAAGGACUCCCCCGCUGGUAUCCGUCGCACUCAGCUCCGCUCCGAACUCGAUCAGCUUCGCAACCAGCAGGCCGGAUCCAAGGGUGCUCGCGGUAAGACCCUCGAAGACCUUCGCACCCUCCAAGAAUCCAUCUCAAAGAAGGUCAAGGACCUCCAACACGCCAAGUCUAAGACUCCUUACAAGUCCACCGCCGAUGUCGAUUCUCGCAUCAAGCGUCUCGAGGAGCUCGUCGAGUCAGGGUCCAUGAAGCUCGUCGAAGAGAAGAAGGCUCUUAGCGAAAUCUCUCAGCUCAAGAAGAACCGUAAAACCGUCGAGAACUUUGACACUCUUCAGUCCCAGAUCGACUCUGACCGUGCUCAGGUUGAUGCACUCAAAGCCACCCUCGACAGUCCUGAGGCCAAAGCUCUGAACAAGCGCUACGAUGAGAUCAAGGCUGAGUUGGACGCCAUUCAGGCUGAGCAGGACAAGCAGGCUGGUAGCCGAGGAAAGCUUUUGGAUCAGCGAACGCAGUUGUCCGCUAAGCUCGACGCACUUUACCAAGCAAGAAGGGAUCGUCAGGCAGCCUUCCGUGUCGCCAACGACACCUUCUACGCCAAAUUGAACCAGGAACGCGAGAAGAGACUCCAAAAGCAACGCGAAGAACGUCAAGCCCAAGAAGCAGAGAAGCGCAGGGAACACGAACAGCAACUUCGUGAAGAAGCUUCCCUCCCCGCUUUCGCCAAGGAGAUCGAAGACUGCGAUGUGCUCAUCAACUACUUCUCCAAGGGCAGCGCUUCCUCCAACGAGAACGAGAAGAAAGACAAGCAGAAGUCCGUUGGCGGCAAGGCUCUCAACCUUCGGCAGGUGAACAGCGACGCUAUGGUUCCCAAAGGUGCAGUUCUGCACCAGAAGAAGGAAGAGGAAGAGACCUACUUUGCUGGAAACUCCAAACAGCGCAAGCCUAAGGGUAAGGGUCGUCGUGGUACUCCUCUCGAUCUCAAUGCUGCUGAGGGGGCGGAUGAGAACGCUGCGGCUGCGGGUGGUGCGGGUGAGAAGUUGAACGUUCCCCUCGGAACCCUUUCGGCUUUGUUGGCUCUCAGCAUUCCCCCUCCUGCAAAUGCAGCUGAUGUGGGUAGGGUGGUGGAGAACUUGAAGUUGAAGAAACAGUACUUUGUCAGCAACCAGGCUCGCGUUACAAGGGAGAACAUCGAGAGGGUGGAAAAGAUGCUUGCUAAGUCCAGCUUGAGUGAGAAGGAGGGCGAGGAGAAGAGCGAGGAGGUGAAGGCUUAA